AUGAAGCCUCAGACUGCUGCCUUCCUUCUCAGCCUUCUCGGUUCUACCUUGGCCGCCCCCAUUCAGCACGCCGACAAAGGUUCCGAUGUGAAGCCCACUCCUACCGGACAUGGCGCUCCUGGCGGAUUCCUCACUGGCUUCCCCUCCGGUAUCCCAUCUGGCAUGCCGUCCGGUUUCCCCGGAGGAUUCGGUGGUGAAGGCCAGAAAGGCGGCUCCUUCCCCACCGGUGCCGUGCCAUCCGGCGCUGUUCCCACUGGUGCUGCCCCCUCGGGCUUCCCUUCCUUCGGUAAUGGUCCCGCUCCCUCCGGCUCUCCCCAGGGUGAGGGAGACAGCAGCUCCUUCGGCGGCCAAGGUGUUCAUGCCCGCUCUCCCGAGGACUUUGAGGGCUCAGGGGCCGCUCCUUCUGGUGCUAUUCCGUCUGGAGCCAUGCCCACCGGGGCUGCUCCCUCGGGCUCUGCCGGUGGCUUUGGUGGUUUCGGUCAUGGUGGCCACGGCGGUCACGGCGAGGAAGGCUCUGGCCCGUCCCCUACCGGCGCCAUUCCCUCCGGAGCCGCUCCUUCCGGUGCUGCUCCUUCCGGCGCUGUCGGAGGCUUUGGCGGCUUCGGACAAGAAUCUCAGAACUCUGGGAACGCCAAGUUCGAGUCCUCUGGCACCUCGCCUUCUGGUGCUUCCCAUUCCGGAUCGGCAAGCGGCCAUCACGGUGGCCACCCCGGUCAUGGCAAGGGUUCUGGCGCCUCUCCUUCCGGUGCUGUUCCUUCCGGCGCUGCUCCUUCUGGUGCCGCUCCCUCUGGCGCUGCCGGAGGUUUCGGUGGCUUUGGACAGGGUGGUGAGGGCUCCGGUCCCUCUCCAACUGGCGCUGUUCCUUCGGGUGCUGUCCCCUCCGGGGCUGCCGGAUUCGGUGGUCAGGGUCAGGGCCAGUCUCCCACCGGUGCUGCUCCAUCUGGCGCUCCUGCCGCCCAGCCUACUGCUUAA